AUACUCAGAUUGUCCCUCUCUUCGUGCAGUAGAAACUACGGUCGUGUAUAUCAUGCUACUUUUUCACAACAAACAUUCGGAAAAAGAAAUAGCUAUGAAUAGGGAAUUGUUUUGAACAUAUUCAAUGAAUGUAGUUAUUAUUGAUGAAAAGGUACUUUGAGUUGUUGUGAUUUGUCCUGGAUAACGCAAAAAACAAAAUCGUGUCAACAAUCUAGCCAACUUCAUAGUCUCCCUCGACAGUCUGCAGUACUACUGUAGCUAGCUAAAUGUACUUUCCUGGUAGUGUUAAGCUUUCAUAUGUAAAGACGUUGGUUAAGAUAUCUAGCUAGCUAGAUAAUACUUUAUUAAUAGCUAACUAGCAACUCACCAGAAGACAUCAAAAGAUUCGUAUGAGAAAUCUUCAUCCCUUCUCAAGAUGUUUGCAGAGCUCAACAGUAUUCUCAAUACUAGUCCUGACAGCUUCAAGCCGGGAGAGUUUAUUUUAGUGUCUGACAAACAUACAGACGCGUCCUUCCUCAUUCACCAUUUCCUCUCCUUUUAUUUACGAGCGGGCUGUAAGGUGUGUUUCUUGGGUCUUGUGCAGUCCUUCAGUCACUACAGUGCAAUCAGUCAACGGUUGGGUGUGAGUUUGACCCAGGCAAGGGAGAAAGGGCAGCUGGUGUUCCUAGAGGGACUAAAGGAAUCCUUGGGGGUACUUCUUCAGGGGGAGGCCAGCAAAGGAACCCGGACAAUGGACUUCCUCAGAGAUCCCAGUUCCGGCCUGCGGGGUCUAUAUGACUUUGUGCGGGACAAUGUAAGGGGGGCAGUGGGUGGAGCUGAGGAGUGGGGUCCCCCUGUGCUCCUGGUGGAUGACCUCAGUGUGGUCCUGAGUCUGGGGGUCAGUGUUGGGGCGGCGCUGGACUUCAGUCAUUACUGCAGAGCCACUGUCUGCUCUGAGCUGCAGGGCAGCAUGGUGAUGUUGGUGCGAUGUGAGGCAGAAGAAGAAGAGGAGAGUGAUGAGGAAGGCUCAGAGCGGCUCCUGAGGGGCCUUAUACACCAGUGCAGCCUCACACUCCAAGUACAGGGUCUUCCCACCGGCUACUGCAGGGACAUCCACGGACAAGUGGAAGUGUGCUGGCGAGGACAAUGUGACAAGCAGCAGGCCCAGAAGAAACUCUUCCAGUACAAGGUCCAUGACAAGGGGGCUUCCUUUUUCGCCAGGGGGAUGUCCAGUGCAGUCCUUUGAGGCCUCAAUGCCUCCCUUCCCUCACCUCUCAGUCACAUGGCUCUCUGGGCUCAGCCAUAGAGAAUGAUAGAGAAUGAUAGAGACCUCUAGUGGCCAAAAGGCUAUAUUAUCAUGGGUGGCUAUUGGACCUCCGCCAUUUUAAAGUAGUCAACCUCAUGGAACUUCCAAUUUCAUUGGCUGAUCCCUCCUGGUGACUGUUGGAAUCAUGUCCAAUUGGGUCAUCAGAAGGGAUCAGUCAAUUGUGAAGAAGAAAAUGGACUACUUCAAAAUGGAGAUGCCUUAAUGGACCUGCCUAUGCUGUCAUAUAUGAAAUGGCACAGCUACAAAGAUGGUAAUGAUCAUGAAACAGGUCGGGAUUAGUUUUGAACUGGAGAUUGGAUUUCCGCUUUAAAACCAACCCAGCAGAUGCAUUUCAAAGCUGACAUAGGAAGCCUGGGUGAAUAGGUAAUUUCUCAAGCAACAUGUGAACUGACCUGACUAGGUUGCACUUGUGUUAUACGAAACAAUAAACGGCACAUUUAA